CGGGGCCACUGUACUGUCUGGCUGGGACGGAGGGCUUCAGUGCUAACCUUAUUAAACUCCAAAGAGGCGUUUUCUUUUCUCCUGGAUUGCUCUUUUUAAUUACUUGUCAUCGCAUUUACCUGCCCGGCACUUCGCACCUUAGUGGAAUCUGUUCCCUGGUCUGUUCGCACACGUUUCAACAGAGCACUGCAGCAGCGACCUGAGCAAGCACGCCGCCGCUACCGCUGUUGUUGUCAGAGAAGAAAACAAGCUCGGCGAGCAGUCCGCUAAGCUGUGUGAUCAUUGACAGAGUUCAAUACACACACGCUUCCAGUGAUAACUGAGGGUAGCUCUGCGAUAGCGUAGCUCCGAGCCUUUUCAAAGAAGCGUCGGCUGGGACUUCUUCGUUGUCACCGAAGCCGAGGUAUUUCUUUCUUUUCUUUUUUUUGUUAUCUGAGCCACAGUGAGGCACUUGACCAAUAAGAACAGCUUGCACAAUUUCCACCAACCUGUCUGCAGCCCCCUCCCUACCCAGACAGUCUUCUGCCCCAGCAUGAAUGAAGUCAGUGUUGUGAGAGAGGGAUGGCUCCACAAGAGAGGUGAAUAUAUUAAAACAUGGCGUCCUCGUUACUUCAUCUUAAAGAGCAAUGGCUCCUUCAUUGGCUACAAAGAGAAGCCUGAGGUGUCCAGUGACCACAACCUCCCACCACUCAACAACUUCUCUGUCGCAGAGUGCCAGCUGAUGAAGACGGAGCGCCCCAAGCCCAACACGUUUGUCAUUCGGUGUCUGCAGUGGACCUCCGUUAUUGAGCGGACUUUCCAUGUAGACAGCAAUGAGGAGAGGGAGGAAUGGAUGCGAUCGAUCCAGGCAGUAGCAAACAGCCUGAAGAGUCAGCAGCAGGAUGAGGAGCCCAUGGAGAUCAAAUUUGGCUCCCCGAGUGACAGCAGUGGCAUGGAGGACAUGGAGAUUGCUGUGUCCAAAUCCCGCACAAAAGUGACUAUGAGUGACUUUGACUACCUGAAGCUUCUGGGCAAAGGGACAUUUGGUAAAGUGAUCCUGGUGAAGGAGAAGGCCACAGGGAUGUACUAUGCCAUGAAAAUCCUGCGCAAAGAAGUCAUCAUUGCUAAAGAUGAGGUGGCACACACAGUUACAGAAAGCCGAGUUCUCCAAAACACACGGCAUCCUUUUCUAACGACACUAAAAUAUGCAUUUCAAACACACGACCGGCUAUGCUUCGUGAUGGAGUAUGCAAAUGGAGGAGAACUCUUCUUUCACUUAUCCCGGGACAGAGUAUUCACAGAAGACAGGGCUCGAUUCUACGGUGCAGAAAUAGUGUCAGCACUGGAGUAUCUUCAUUCACGCAAUGUAGUUUACAGGGACCUGAAGCUGGAGAACCUCAUGUUAGACAAGGACGGCCAUAUAAAGAUAACAGACUUCGGCUUGUGUAAAGAAGGGAUCACAGACGGCGCCACCAUGAAAACCUUCUGUGGAACCCCGGAGUACUUGGCACCAGAGGUGCUGGAGGACAACGAUUAUGGUCGAGCAGUGGACUGGUGGGGAUUGGGUGUAGUGAUGUAUGAGAUGAUGUGUGGCCGAUUGCCUUUUUACAACCAGGACCACGAGCGCCUCUUUGAGCUUAUCCUAAUGGAGGAGAUCCGCUUCCCCAAGAACCUGGCUCCUGAGGCCAAGGCCCUGCUGGCAGGCCUGCUUAAAAAAGAUCCCAAACAGAGGCUUGGAGGUGGUCCAGACGAUGCCAAAGAAGUGAUGAGCCACAAGUUCUUCACCUCCAUUAACUGGCAGGAUGUCAUUGACAAAAAGCUUAUUCCACCCUUCAAGCCACACGUAACGUCCGAGACGGACACGCGCUACUUUGACGACGAGUUCACAGCACAAUCUAUUACAAUAACUCCUCCAGACAAGUAUGACAGUUUAGACGUAGAGGAUUCAGAUCAGCGUACUCACUUCCCUCAGUUCUCCUACUCUGCCAGCAUACGGGAAUGAUCCCUCAGACUUUUGAAUGAGCAGGCAGGCUGACACACGAUCACAAUCCCACAUACACACUUGCACUGCUGAGGAAAUUUGAACGACACCAACAAUUUAAAAAAAAAAAAAAAAAGUAACAAAAAAAAAAAAGGAAAAAGAAAGUGGCACAAGACACAUUUUCAUUCUGUUUUUAACGCACACGCACACAUACUGGCAAAUCAGACAAGACACAGAUCAUAGUAGUAGGGAAUGAACACACACAGACCCCGAAUGACUGACCUCAGCAGGUUGGUGUGGAUAGACUGGCAGCUUUGUCUCUAAGUCCUCUCAGGGCUUGCGUUAGGCUUCCCUGCGGGACCUCUGCUGCAACACAUCAGAGCCUUGACACUUUGAAAACCAGGUUAUGCCAGCAAGUAACACCUCUUUACCAGCUGUUCCAUGCUUCACACACACAAAUAAACACACACCAAAAUCUACCAACUCAUGCACAGACUGCAUAAAUGUACUUGAUAGAGUUUUACAAAACCAGUAUAAUCAAGAUUGGGAAAAUCACAGCAAUUUGAUGAUGGGGGAGACAAAUUUUGAUUUCAUCACUUGUUACGGUUUUAAAUGUAAAGCCAUAUUUCUGCAUUUUUUUUUUUUUUUUAACAAGUGCUCUUUCUGGAACUUGCUGUUACAAAUCAAGAGUGGGAUUUUCCCUACAGUUGGGUUAAAGGGGGCAAUAAGGAAGAGGAGAAGGGUAAGGAGGGGUUGUCAUUACUGUUUGCACUGCUUGUGUGUGUGUGUGUGUGUAUGCAAAUGGUCGAGCAGAUGUGUGAACGUAUGUGCAUAUAGGGUGCAAGAGAAUGUAUGAACAACCAUUUUGAGUCUCAGCCAUCCAUUCGUGUCUGUUUUUAUGCACGAUGUUUUGUUUUUUUAACUCUGAACUUUUGCUGGAAUAUGGACAAGAGAGGACGCCACAGAGCACACUAAACAGGCUGGGUGUUUUGUUUUUGGUUUUUUUUUCUUAAGGGAACAGGCAUGUUAUUUAUGAUUGGCUGGCUUACUGCUAAAUUGAAUCAGUCUGGAUUACAAACUGGGAUCGUGUGUAUGGCUCACAUUUGCUUUAAAAUACUGCAUUAAAUUUAUCUUGAUGCAGCAGACAAGCUCUUAGCAUCCAAAGUGUGCGACCAGCUUGUAGCCAGUUGAAAGUCUAAGCAAGUUUUCCUUCAGGCUAGCCGAACUUCCAUGUUGAAGCAGUAGGAAUAGAAAGGAAUCCCCCCCCAACCUGUCUACAGAGACCAAUCUAGAGGAGAACAGACAUCCACUGCUCUCACUGCCUCACUGGAGAAUUUGGCACCAAUCUUUUAUUUUCAAUCUGUAUUAUCAUUUUUUUUGUGUGCUGUUUUGUUUUUUUAAUUUAGCCCAUGGGUGUCUCCCCUGUAUUUAGAGAAUGAGCGUUCAAUCAUUGGUAAGAGGCCAAAAUUUGACUGAGUUGUUAAACACUUCACAUGAUUCCACCUUUGAUGUUUAGUCUUUGUGUUUUUAGGGAUUUUUUUUUUUUCUUAAAUUCUGUGUUGAAGCACUUAAAUCUGUGUAGCUGUACGUCUGGAGCAACAGUCUGCAGGUUUACAAUCAGACUAAAAGCUGCGUGAGCUGUUUGACCGACCUUCAGCCUGCGAAAGAGGAGGAACUGAUGGAAACGCGAGCGCUGAUGUUGAAAUGAUAAAAGCCCUGAACAUGAUAUUGAAAGAGUACUCAAAUUGAUGAACGUGUAUUCCAUAAUGCUGGAAGAGGAUGCUGGUUGCUCUUUGAACUUAACUAAAAGAACAUCGAAACUAUUUUUUUUUUUUUUUUUUUGUAUGUCAUCAUUUUUUUGUUUUUGUUGUUGUUUUUUUUUUUUCAUCCUCCCCCCCAUCUAUUUCUCAAACCUUUGAAGACACAUUGUCUUGUUUGAGUAUACGUUAUAUAAGAUAUAUAUUAAACUUUUUUUAAAACCA